AUGGAGGCCCUGGGAGUGACCACUAUUUUGUUGCUGGUAUGCAUCUCAUGCCUUCUCUUUGCCACAUGGAGAAGCAGAUCUCAAAAAGGGAAGGAGCCUCCUGGGCCCACUGCACUCCCCAUUGUUGGAAACCUGCUCCAGAUAAACCCACGGAAUUUGCCUGGAAGCUUGAAAGAGCUCAGUGAGAAGUAUGGUCCUGUCUUCACGGUACAUUUGGGCCCACAAAAGGUUGUCGUGCUGUAUGGCUAUGAUGUGCUGAAAGAAGCCCUGGUUGAUCAAGGAGAUGACUUCAGUGGAAGAGGCAUUCUACCACUGAUUCAAAAACUCUUCGAAGGCACAGGCAUUGUGACCAGCAAUGGGGAGACCUGGAAGCAGCUGAGACGAUUUGCACUCACCACCCUGCGGGAUUUUGGGAUGGGGAAAAAGGGCAUUGAGGAGCGAAUCCAGGAGGAAGCUCAUUUUCUGGUGGAGAGGCUCAAGAACACACAUGAGCAACCUCUGAACCCCAGCAGUUUCCUGAUCCAUGCUGUUUCCAACAUCAUCUGCUCCAUCGUCUUUGGGGAUCGGUUUGACUAUGAGGACAAGAAUUUUCUAACUUUAAUUGAUUGGAUAGAGGAAAACAACAAGCUCCAAACCUCUAUACAAGCACAGCUAUAUAAUUUCUUCCCAACUAUCAUGGAUUAUCUACCUGGACCUCAUCAACAACUGAUAAAAAAUAUUGAAAAAGUUGAUAAAUUUACAACAGAUAUUGUAAUGGAACACCAGAAAACCCUGGAUCCCACUUGUCCUCGAGAUUUUAUUGAUGCUUUUCUUAAUAAAAUGGAACAGGAGAAAGGGAAUGAUGACUCAAAAUUCACCGUUGAGACCUUGAGCAGAACCACACUCGACUUGUUCCUUGCAGGAACAGGGACCACAAGCCUCACACUGAGAUUUGCAAUUCUGAUUCUUCAUAAAUACCCAGAGAUAGUAGAGAAAAUGCAAAAGGAGAUUGAUUCCGUGAUUGGCCGAGAGCGAAGCCCUCGCAUGUCGGAUCGGAGCCAGAUGCCCUUUACAGAUGCUGUGAUCCACGAAAUCCAGAGAUACAUUGAUUUCCUUCCCAUUAAUGUCCCACAUGCUGUAAUCAGAGACACCAAGUUCAGAGGCUAUUUUAUCCCCAAGGACACUCUGAUAUUCCCUAUGCUGAGUUCUGUCCUACAUGAUAGCAAGGAAUUUCCAAAUCCAGAAAAAUUUGACCCAGGACAUUUCUUGAAUGCAAAUGGUACCUUUAAAAAGAGUGACUACUUCAUGCCAUUUUCUACAGGAAAACGCAUCUGCGCAGGAGAAGGUCUGGCCCGGAUGGAGAUAUUCAUAUUUUUAACAUCCAUCCUGCAGAACUUUACUUUGAAGCCUGUUGUGGAUCACAAAGACAUUGACAUCAGCCCAAUAAUCACCAGUCUGGCAAAUGUGCCCCGAGACUAUAAGGUCUCUUUUGUUCCACGUUAG